AUGCCCGCCAUCGUGAACCUGCUCUUUAACACGGUCUCCACCAACACCACCAUCUCCUUCUCUCUGGUGUUGCCUCUGGUCAGCAUCCUCUCUCUGUUGGUGGGGGUCGGAGGUCACCUGCUUGUGUGGUUGGUUUUGAUGCGCAAUCCACGGCGCCGUUCCAAGCCCAGCUCGGUCCUCCUGUUAAACCUCAGUUUUGCGGAUCUGUGCGCUUUACUCACCCUGCCCUGUGUGCUACUGAGUGCCAGCUCUCAGAAUUGGCAGCUGGGAGGAGGCGUUUGUGUGCUGUUGAGCUUCAUGACCUCUCUAACAGCUGGAGUGGACAUCUUCAGCUUGGCUGCCCUCUCUGUGCUGCGUUAUCGGAUAGUGGCUCCGUCGACGCGGCCCCCUGCAACCCCUGCGCAGGUAGCCGGCACAGUUGCUGUCAUCUGGCUGGUUUCCAUCGCCAUGGCCCUCCCUAAGGUCACCUACAUCCAGUUUGAUAGUGGGUGCACUUGGUCGGUUGGGCGUGGUCACUGGCUGGGGUUCCUCGUUCCUGCGUUUCUGGUGUACUACGUUGCUCCACUUCUUUGCAUCGCCCUGCACUGCGGCCUGAUCAUCACACACCUGCACCGCUGCCGGGGCACUCUGGCAGCAGACCACCGCAAUAAAAAGGCCACAGCCCUCCUCAUCGGCUCCACCUUGGUGUUUGCUAUCAGCUGGCUGCCCUACUACAUACUAGAGUUUGUGAACGUAUUGUCGCCAUCCGUGCAUUCCGUAAGCUCACCCGUCAACUGGUCUGUAAGCCCUGCCCCCAGCUCCGCCACCCCAUCGGCAUAUACGGAGGUGUCUCUGCUGUGGGAGGUGACUUCGCUGUCUGCCAUUCUUCUAAUUUGUCUGGCACCUUGCUGGAACCCACCACUCUACUUCCUGCUAUCUAAGCCAGCCCUCAGGCAACUGAGAGCGUUGUUACCCAUAAUACACAAACGCUGGAGAGCCGCUACCCUUUUACAGCACAUAGUGCCAAAACCUGCUCCCACACAACCCCACUCACAGCCUGGGAAUCAGCAAGCUGCGCAGAUGCUACCAGUAACACAAGCGCAAUGA